AUGACCGCUGUCGUCGACCUCUUCCAGACGCGCUCGUGGUACGUGAAAUUCAUGUCAUCUAAGGUUCCCCGCUGGUAUUACGAUUCCGUGGCUUCGUUCAUGAACCCGUUGGAACCCGAACACCACCAGAUUGCUGUAGAGCCUUACGUCGACGGCAUUGGGAUGGGUAUAUUCACCAGUAUGAAUAUGGCUCAAGGUUACCCGUUCAUGAACGCGAUGGAUUUCAACGACGAGCUCGUAGACUUUACCAUCAUAAACUUCACGGAGGAAGAGUUCGAGGAGCAGAAGCCAUGGCAGACCGCUAUAGACGGAGAAAGGGAACCGAGACGCAAGAGGCGUCCAUCGCGCCCAGCCUCGACAAACGGCACAACUGGUCACAGACUGCAGCGCCGUGCUGAAGACCCGCUCCCGCCCGCUUAUUUCCACCAAAGACUCCUGUCAGCCAGGUCGGAUCGACAGCUUGGGGGCCAGCCAUGGGCCCAUGUUGGGGACGGGGCAGGUGUCACCAUAUUUGUUCUUGACACUGGCUUUGAUCUGAGUGGUGCGAAUGCCGCCGAGUAUAAUAUUGGGCCCUCACAGGAGAACCUAAUAUCUUGGCAGUACGCCGUACCAAAUAGGAUUGCCAUCCCCGAAGAUGUCAGGAACAGCAAUCGCCGAGCACAGACCAUGAGUGAUGUAGGAGGCAUGAGUUAUGAUACGGAUGGCGACUGUGCUGGCCAUGGCACUCAGGUUGCCAGCCUGGCGAUUGGCAAACAUUACGGAAUUGCCAACCAGGCCACCCCGUAUUUUGUAAAGGCUUUCGGCUCAUACAAGAAUUCCCGGAACAAAUGGAAGAUGACAGAACUCACACCGGCAGCGCUCGAUGAUGCGCUCAAGAGAAUCGUCGAUCAUGUCAUGAGCAGCAGUCUACAGGGCAGGGCGAUCGUAACCUCUACGGUCGGCGCCUCACAAGUCACGGACAGACGGAGUGGGGAUGCGUUCAACUCCGUGUACCACCAACACCUGAGAACAUUGAAUGCGUUGGGAGUGAUGUGGGUACAUUCCGCAGGGAAUGACGGGUUCGCCGCCGCCCCAGUGACCUGGAUUGGGCAGGCUUGGCCACAGAAGCUCAGUUCCUCCCGUGGUGCCAGUCGACAAGGAGAGAUCAGCGUUUGGGCGAUGGGGUGGGAAGUUCCCACCCUCGGACCUGACGGCGAGGAGGUCUACGAGACGGGGACCAGCUUCGCGGCACCUCAAGUGGCCGGUCUUGCUGCUUCCUUUAUAACCAACUAUCAGCAGGUUUUCGCUUUGGACCACAACAAUUUCAACCCGGCGCAGGGAGAUGACUUCGUCAGGAGGCUGAAGAGUUACAUUACCGGCUAUUCGUACCGCUGGCUGCCUCUGAGCACGCAGUUUGAAGGUCAGCUCGGGCGGGGGCUUCCGUUACCAGGAAAUGUCAACGUCGCUUACAAUGGGUGCUGGGGGUACCAGCAAACCAAGCCGGCGGCGGCCCUGCCAGGCGCGAAGACGGGCCACCACCACCAACGGAUAACUCAGAUGAUGGACCUGGCGGACCACCACCAGAUGGCACAGAUGAUACACCUGGACCUGCGAGAUGAGCCAGCACCACCAGCAGAUGGCACAGACGAAGGCUUACACUGUCCAUGGAUGCCCAAGCCGGCCAGCACUAGCUUCAUGGAUCAAACCACGAGCACCUUAGCUACAUCGACCGUCCCAGCCACGUCGACCACCCCGACCCCGACCCCGACCCCGACACCAACCCCUACCACAUCGUCUGCACCACCACCCCCACCGCCACCUCCUGCAGUUCAGUGCGUUGGGAGUAGCUAUGGAUACCUCAUAGGUUUCGAGGUUGUUGGGACGAAUACCUGGGUCACAGAUGGAGGAGCGUCGCUCCAACAUGAAGAGGAUGGGUGCGGCGAUUUCAGCGGCUGGUCGUACGACGCAAGUGCACACGAUGGAACGGCACGUUUCGUUCUCGGGGGCUUCAAGGAUGGCUGCAAUGAGCGCGCCAUCGUGAGUUCCGGUGGCCCCAAAUUGCCUGUCAGAUACACGACGCAGCUGCAGAUGGGCUGUUGGGUUGAUCUCUGGACGUCUGUACUAUAA